GUCUCGCGCCCCCUGUGCGCGGCCCGGGCUCGGCCUCUCCGGACCUGCCGCGGGUUGCGAGGAGCCGCCCGGGUUGCAUGGGGGGAAGCGCCCGGCUUUGCCUCGUUCCCGACCGAGCCAGACCGUCUCCCUCGAGCCCCGAGCCCCCUUCGGCCGCCGAAGAUGAUGAAGUUUCGGUUCAGGCGGCAGGGCAACGACCCCCAGAGGGAGAAGAUCAAACAGGAUCUCUUUGCGUUUAACAAGACGGUGGAACAUGGAUUUCCCAAUCAGCCCAGCUCCCUGGCCUAUGAUCCCAAGCUCCGCAUCAUGGCUAUUGGCACCAAGUCUGGAGCCGUCAAGGUAUAUGGGGCACCUGGAGUGGAGUUCACAGGGCUACACAAAGAGACGGCCACUGUCACACAGAUGCACUUUUUGCCUGGUCAGGGCCGGCUUCUUUCCUUGCUGGAUGACAACACCCUCCACCUAUGGGAGAUCUUCCAGAAGGACGGCUACUCCCACCUGGAGGAGACCCACAGCUUCCUCUUGCCAGGCCGCCCGGGUUUCGACAGUGCUAACUCGCCUGCCGGCGUCACCCGGGUGACAGUGAUCCUGCUGAAGUCCACCUGCGACGUGGCCUGCCUGGGGACGGAAGGAGGCAGUAUCUACUUCGUGGAUCUGACCAGCCUCACCCUGCUCGACGACCAGAUGCUCUCUCAGGAUGAGAUCCUGCGGAGCGUCCCAGAUGAUUACAGGUGUGGAAAGGCCCUGGGCCCGGUGGAGUCCCUCCAAGAACACCCUCAAGACCCCAUCAAGAUCCUGAUUGGCUACAGUCGGGGCUUGGUGGUCAUAUGGGACCAGAGCAUGAGGCGCAUCAACCACCUUCUGCUGGGAAACCAGCAGCUGGAGAGCCUUGGCUGGGAGCGAAGCGGCAGUGCGAUCGUGAGCUCCCACAGCGACGGUGGCUAUAUGGUCUGGUCGGUGAGUAGCGGCAGUCCUCAGACUCUGCAGCCGACCUCCUCCACCAUCCCCUAUGGACCCUUUCCCUGCAAAGCCAUCAACAAAAUCCUGUGGCGCACCUGUGAGUCAGGGGACCACUUUAUCAUCUUCAGUGGGGGGAUGCCCCGAGCCAGCUAUGGAGACAGGCACUGCGUCACCGUCCUGCAGGGCCAGACACUGGUCACCUUGGACUUCACCUCGCGGGUGAUUGACUUCUUCACAGUGUACAACACAGAGGUAGAGGAGGACUUCGAUAACCCCAGCGCCCUGGUGGUGUUGGUGGAGGAGGAGCUGGUGGUGCUAGACUUGCAGACUCCCGGCUGGCCCACCGUGCCGGCCCCGUAUCUGGCCCCGCUCCAUUCUUCAGCCAUCACCUGCUCCUAUCACAUCUCCAAUGUCCCGCUCAAGCUCUGGGAGAGGAUCAUCAGUGCUGGGGAGCAACAGAGCCCCCGGAUGUCUUCUGUGAACUGGCCAAUUAACGGAGGGAAGAAUUUAGCUCAAGAACCCUCACAGCGGGGGCUUCUCCUGACAGGGCACGAGGAUGGGACGGUCCGGUUUUGGGACGCCUCGGGCGUGUCGCUGAAGCCCCUCUACAAGCUGGGCACAGCCAACAUCUUCCAGACGGAUUGUGAACACGCAGACAGCCUGAACCAGGCGAGCGAGGAGGAGUGGCCCCCCUUCCGCAAGGUGGGCUGUUUUGACCCCUAUAGCGAUGACCCUCGGCUCGGCGUCCAGAAGAUCGCGCUCUGCAAAUACACUGCCAAGAUGGUGGUGGCGGGCACAGCUGGACAGGUCCUCGUCAUGGAGCUGAGCGACGAGAAGUCAGAGCACCUGAUCAGCAUCGCCACCAUGGACCUGCUGCAGGACCGGGAGGGCUUCACCUGGAAGGGGCACGACCGGCUGACCCCGAAGAACGGCUCUCUGAGCUUCCCCGCGGGCUUCCAGCCCAGCGUGCUGGUGCAGUGCCUGCCCCCCGCCGCCGUCACCGCCGUCACCCUGCAUUCCGAGUGGAAUCUGGUGGCCUUCGGCACCAGCCACGGCUUUGGGCUUUUCGACUAUCACCGGCGGAACCCGGUCCUGGCCAGGUGCACCCUUCACCCCAACGACUCACUAGCCAUGGAGGGGCCGCUGUCCCGCGUCAAGUCCCUGAAGAAGUCCCUGCGCCAGUCCUUCCGACGGAUCCGGAAGAGCCGCGUCUCCGGCAAGAAACGCAUCACUGCCAACAGCCCCAAUAGCAAGGUGCAGGAAGCCAAUGCCCAGCUGGCGGAGCAGGCCUGCCCCCACGAUGUGGAGAUGACGCCGGUGCAGCGGCGGAUCGAGCCCCGCUCAGCCGAUGACUCGCUCUCCGGGGUCGUGCGCUGCCUCUACUUUGCCGACACCUUCCUCCGAGAUGCUGCCCACCACGGCCCCACCAUGUGGGCGGGGACCAACUCCGGCUCAGUCUUCGCCUACGCCCUGGAAGUGCCGUCCCAGGAGAAGUUCUCGGAGCGUGCGGUCGAGGCCGUGCUGGGGAAGGAAAUCCAGCUGAUGCAUCGAGCGCCCGUGGUGUCCAUUGCGGUGCUGGAUGGGCGGGGCCAUCCCCUGCCCGAGCCCUACGAGGUCUCCCGGGACCUCGCCAAGGCUCCGGACAUGCAGGGCAGCCACGCGGUGCUCAUCUCCUCCGAGGAGCAGUUCAAGGUCUUCACGUUGCCCAAGGUCAGCGCCAAGACCAAGUUCAAGCUGACGGCCCACGAGGGCUGCCGGGUGCGGAAGGUGGCCCUGGUGAGCUUCACCGGCGUGGCGUGCGAGGACUACACGGAGAACUGCCUGGCCUGCCUCACCAACCUGGGAGACAUCCACGUCUUCACGGUGCCGGCCUUGCGGCCCCAGGUCCACUAUAACUGCAUCCGCAAGGAGGACAUCAGCGGCAUCGCCUCCUGCGUCUUCACUAAGCAUGGCCAAGGUUUCUACCUGAUCUCCCCAUCGGAAUUUGAGCGCUUCUCCCUCAGCGCCAGAAACAUCACGGAGCCGCUCUGCUCGCUGGAUGUCGCCCGACCUCUCACCUCCGUCUGUCUCGGUAACAGUUGGAAAGGAUCUCCCAAACUGAGCCAGGCCAAUGGUACCCACCUGCUGCAGAGCUCAGCUGCAAACCAUUCCCUUGGUGAUGGAGCUGGGACACCACUGGAGCACCCCCAGGCAGCCUUCUCCCCGGCAUCAGUGGGCUCACCCAACAGCAGCACAGAAAACCCCCUGGACACCACGGGAGACAUCACAGUAGAGGACGUGAAGGAUUUCUUGAGUUCCUCAGAGGAAGCAGAGAAGAACCUCAAGAACGUGACAGAGGAAGACAACCGGUCUCCAGGGAUCCUGAUUAAAUGAGGGAGGACGCCGCCUGGAUUGCUGUCUUGGGGCUUGGAUUCCAGGGACCCAAGCCUGGCCUGGGACCACGUUGGGACCGGAACUACCACUCGACUUCCUGGCCCCUCCCCCGUUCCCCGAACCUUCUUCGUAACUUUAGACUCGCACCUUCUAACCCCAGGACUGGAAGCGCCCACCACCCCCUCCCAAUCUGUCCGUCCGUCCACCCAAGCUGGGCCCUGCAUCCCUCCUGGACAACACUAAAAACUCUUUAUCGUUAGAGCCGGGGGCCAGGGCGGAGGCAGGAGAGUCCGGUGGCCCCUCGGACCCAGGAGGGGUUCGGAGUCAAGCGAUCCAUGGUAGUUUUGAUUUUGCUCUCCCCUUCCCUGUCUCUCCCCGCCUCCCUCCUCCCGCCCCACCCCAUUUCCCGUGGCCGAGUGCCACCGUUUCUUCGUAGCAGUCACGUCUCGCGUGCGUGGGAUUAUUUGUUUACACAUUGAACUGUUGCCCGUCAGGGGAGCCUCCCCCCCCCCGCUUCCCUGCCGGCCCCCCACCUCGUAGGGUGCGGCGGCCCGGGGAGGGGAGGUGGAGGGGCUGUGGUCUCUACCGGCUGCCGACAGACCCGCCCCCUCCCUAACGGUCCCGGUCGUGGCUGGGCGAGGCACCCCGGGGCUGGUGUCAGCCGGCCAGAAAGGUGACCCGCUCCUUCUUCCUGCUUGUUUUUGGAAUGUCUCCUCGGUAACUUUCCCACUCUGCCCCGCCUCCGUAAUGCCACCCCCCGGCCCCCGAAGCAGAGAAAAAGGUGGGUGGAAAUUGGGACCCCGGAGGGGUGACCUGAAGGGUGAAUCCUGGGUAAGUUUCCCAUGGGCUCCCGGGAGGCGUGCUAUGGGUCCCAGCUGGGGCCUUCGCUCGUUGCCAGCUCUUACCCCCGAGGAGACACCGUCCAGCUCAACUCAGCUUUGGGCCUGGCUCAUCCCCGCGGCUUUCCCCCUUUAUCCCAGGCCUCCCUCCGGUCUGGAACCCAGGCCCUGGCGUUGCCCCUCUUCCCUCCCUCCCUCCCUCCCUCCCAGCAGGAGCACCGUUGUCCGUUGUCUUUGCAUGGAGGAGAGGAGGGACGGAGUCUGUUUCCUGUUAUGUGGGAGUCUCCGGUUCCAGUCCUCUCGGCUUUCUAAGAGAGCAAAUGCAAGCCGCCAGCUUUCGACGCUCACAUCCUCUCCCCUUCCCUGGCGCCUGUUGAGGCACGAAGUUUUCCCGUGUAGACUCCAGCCUCGGAUCGGCCUCUGGUGUGUGGGGCGCUGCCCUGGAGAGGCCUCGGUCAGGGUCCGACAGGACGGGGGAGCGGAGGGCCAAGGGGAUCCGGCCGGGAACGCGGGGGAUCCCGUUUGGGGGUCGGCCGGGACGCCGGGCCCAGCCCCGAGCCGCACAAAACCUGUGAGAUUCUGCUUUUUCUUUCCGUUCCCUUGUUGGGUGGCCCCAGUUGGCCAGCCGGCUGUCGCGGCCUGGCCCGAGCUCACCUUCCCCACCCCUCCAGAUGGCGGUCGGGUGUUUUCUACCAGGCGAGGGAAGGAGGAGAGGGGCCGGGAGCUUUGCUCGCUGGGAACCUGGGGCGGGAGGGGACUUGAAGGCGAGCUGGGGCUCUAAAAGCUUGGAUAAAGUUUCUGCUCUGCUGCUGGGCUCUAUUUGAGCGGCUCUCGCUGGGGACGAAGGGAGGGGUGGGCUCUAAUAGCCGGACUUGAUCCCAGGGACAAAGUGGAGCCGGGUGGUUUCCCGGAGCCCAUGUCCUCUCUGGGCUCGGGUUCCCGGGGGCCUAGGCGUGGCAAAAUGGGCGCUAGCCAGUGGCCGUUCUGACCGGUGACCUCGACGCUGAGGCGGGCGGGAGUUGUUCAUUUGGCCAGGGGGACUCGGUUGGCUAAGGGCCUCCGGGCUGAGGAAUGAGGCUGGAAAAACUGGUCCUGACUGGCCGAGCCUGGGGAAGCGGGCCAGAAACCACCUCAGCGGUGGCAGAGCGGAGCAGAACCUCCACCCGUCCCCCUCUUCACUGUCUGAUUUGUAACGGCUCCAUAUCGGCAAUGCUUUCCUGGCACGGCGGGCCGGGUACCCGUUCCGUAGGUCCGAACCGUGACCCCUGCCCAUCGCGAGUUGGGAGAAGCCGGCUGGCGCGGGGGUCCGCGGGCUCGGUUUCGGGGAGGAGACGGGGCGUGUAACUGCCGCCCUGCUCCUCCGUCCCGUUCCCCCUCCCCCGCAGCCCCUAAGGGGAGCAGCGGGGCCCGGGUCUGGGCUCCCGAUCCGUGCCAAGCAGCGCGGCGUGGGAUGUCACCCUAAAGGGGGAAGUUUGUGGAGGUGGGAAACAUCUGGGGCCAGUAUUUCUUUUCCGGGAAGGCACUUGAUGCAGAGGAUGGAUCAUCGAGCCAAAUGUGGGUACGGGGUAGGUCCACGGCGCUGGGCUGGCCGGACCCUCCGAGCGAGAACCCUUUCCUUCUAUUUGUGAAUAGUAUUUUUUUACUCCCGAGUUUCUCGAGUGAACUUUGGAACAAAAACAAGCGAAAUGAUUUCUAAAGCUAUUUUGGUACUUGCUCCUAGGUGGUCCCUUCCGCCCGUGCGUGGGUGAAUGUAGGUGUGGUUGGCGUGUGCGUGCGUGUGUGCGUGGGUGCCUGUGUGGCGGCCGGGAGGAAGCAGACACGGCCCUAUGGGUUCUUAGAGGCGAUCCCUGUUCCGGGGCGGGGGUGGGAGGGGAGGAUCAGGUUAUUUUCCCUGGUAGAAUGUAUUAUGAAUUUUGUCUUUGUUAAAGAUGAAUUAGCAUCAUUUAGUUAUUAAAAAUACUGGUUUUUAAUAUUGAAAAUAAAGCAUUUAAUAUCUUA